AUGAAUAAUCAUACAGCACAACGACCAGUUCGAUUAAAUAAUCUUAAAAAUCAUACAGCAUUGACAAGCUCAAAAGAGAAUGUUGAUAAUGCAUAUCGUACAAUGAUUGAAUUUACUGAAACAUUUAAACGAGAAUCAACUAAUGAUGGAAAUCCGAUUGAAAUGCCAAUGCCAAAACGUAUUCGUUCUUCAUCUCCUACAUCAACAUACGAACAACAUUCGUCUCCAUCAGCUAUAUCACGUUAUAUAAGUCAUGAUAGUUAUUUAAAAUUUAUUCCACCAUCAUCAUCGUCAUCAUCAUCAUCUGAUCAAUGUAUAACAACCAAUAAUAAUGCUAAUAUUGAUACAGAUAUUAUUGAUGAAGCACUUUGGGAUGAUUGGGAUUUACCAUCGACAACAAGUAAAAAAACACCUAGUAAAAUUCGAACAAUGUCAUCACCAGCUGUACAUUCACGAACAAAGAAAAUUACAGAUACAACAACAAUUGUUAAUGUACUUGAAUCAACGAAUGCUGCGCAGACAACCGUAGAAUCUGUUUCUUUACCACCAGUUACUUCUACUAUUGUUUGGGAUGAUGAUGAUGCUGAUUUUGAACAAUUAUUAAGUCAAUUUCCAACUGAAUUACCAUCAGAAAAAACACUCGAAGAUAAUGAUUCAAUAUUAAUGACAACAUCAAGUAUCGAUGAUGAUAAUUUAACACGUCUUGAUGCUACACGUCGAUCAUCAGCUAUAUUAACAAAAGAAAAUCAAUCAUUAGUUCAUAAUGCAACAAAAAUUGAACUAUCUAGUCAACCAAAUCUUAAUCAAAAUCGAUUAUCAAAUUCAACUUUACAACGAGCACAUACUGGACCAUUAUCAUCACCGAUAGCUAGUAAAAAUACAAUAAAAAUAAAUUCACCAAGAGUUCGAUAUGAUUCAGCUAGUGUAAAUAAAAAUAAAACACAAUGUACUGAAGCUGAAAUCGAACAAAAACGUUUAGCUGCUCUUGCUAUUCGACGUCAACGUGAGCAAGAGCAACAACAACAGCAACAACAGAAAAAACGUUAA